AUGGGUAAAUCAGAACAAAUCGAAGAUAGAAUCGAACCAACGGAUGGGCUUUCAACCAAUAAUAUUUCCACUGAGGUAGGAAACAACGAGCAAGAAGAUGUGAAAACACUCAAUCAGGACAGUAGUGCAUCCUCACAAGCGCAAAGAAUAGAAAACGUCCGGACAUCUUACGAAUGCACUGACCCAAGUCAAAUUAAUGACGAUACGUCGGAAAAUCUGACAUUGCUAGGUGAAGGAGCAGCAGUGAAUACAAAUGCCUCUGAUAUUUUCAACGUCGACCUGUCCAACCUUCCAUAUCCUCCAGGAUAUACAAUAGUUAGCCGACACGAACCAAAGCAAGACCGAGCACCUCAGAAGGAAGAAGAAUCACUUUACAAAGGUCCACGGAUGACGAAAGAAUUCUUGAAAAAGCACUGCGCGAAAAACAAGUUGUAUCAAACACCGCAUCUAAAUGAUGUACUUUAUCUGCACUAUAAUGGUUUGCGGUGCCUGUUUCUCGAGGUCAACGGAUUAGAUAGCCUGACUGGCUUGGAAAACCAAAAAGAGUUGCGUUCUUUGUACUUGGCGAAGAAUCUCCUCCGGAAGAUUGAGAACUUGGACCAUAUGCAAUAUCUUGACACACUGGAUGUCAGCAACAACAUGAUCACUAAGAUAGAAAAUCUGGAUAUGCUCCCAAAUUUUACCCGGCUGAUCAUUGCACAUAACAAACUGACAAAUUUGGAGGAUUUGCUUCACGUGAUCAACUGUCCACAACUGUCCGUGCUUGAUCUGCAACACAACCACAUCAAGGAUCCAGAGGUCGUGGAGGAGGUCUUUGCCAAGAUGCCAUCAUUGAAACAGUUGACUUACCUCGAUGAUCGCCCAGUUUUCCCAAAAGACCGCGCUUGCGCCGAGGCUUUUUAUGAGGGUGGCGCCGAGUUGGAGAAUGAAGUCCGUCAGAAAUGGAAUGCAGAAGAACAGCAGAAAAUAAUAGACAGUUGCCGAUGGUUAAGAGAGAAGCGGCAAAUCAUUGAGGCAAAGCGGCGUGAAAAGGAAUUGCGCGAAGCCGCUGAAGCCGCGGGCUUACCAACGGACAAUAUCCAUGUAAACCCCGGAGAUAUUGAUUGGCUCUACGGUGCCAGUCAGCAGGAUGUAGACGAAGAAACUGAGAGGAACGGGGACGAGGAUCAAGGAGACAAAACCGAAGAACUGUCCGAACCAGAACAAAAUAACUCAGAAAAGGUCACUUCUGGCGCAGGUGAUAUGGAUGAAUUUCAGCGGACUCAGCCAAGAUUGGGGCCGAUUAUGGCAGCUCAAAUGAUCGAAGAGGUUUGUGACGAGCUUCACGAGAUUUGUACAGGAGCUUCAAAGCCAAGAAAUUCCGCUUCAAAGGAAGAGGAGGAAUUACGAGCAUUUGGACAGAUUACUGAUAAUGAUGGUGCGUUUUCUACCAACGGGAGCGAACCAUCUGGCCCUAGAGAUGGCGAAUCCGAUAUGUCGGAACAAGAUGCGCACCUCUGUCAUACAAAGCCACACAAAGGACAAGAAUUUCAAUCUAGCCUAACAGUAGAAAACAUUAAUAUAGCCUCUGAAAUGCCUUCAAGUGGAGAGGCAUGCCCAAAUACGACCAGUGAACCAGAAGUAGUCACAAUUGCGCGACGAUUCUCCGAAACGGAGGAAGUGUCCAUCUUUGGAUGUUGCAAGCAAGUGCAAUCUAACAUUCAGGACUCGCUCAUUUCGCAGCUGUUGAUUUCAAACAAUUCAAAUCAGAUUCUCGAACCAGAUGAUGAGUCUGGUAAAGAUUCGAUCGAGAACCUUCAUGCUUCUUCACCCCUGUACCGCAUGCAGCAUAAAGCCCCGAAAGAUCUGGUUAAAGAGUGUCACUGGGCGAACACUUCCGAAGCGCCUGCGGCAAGCGAGUGGACAAAUACUCUCGAAUCGACAAACCCAAAAAUUAUUGAAUUAGACGUCGAUGCAGAUUUAGUUCCGAAUUCUGAGUCUGAAUCAGUUCCGCAAAAUGAAAAUCCCACUCUGACUGAGCAAAAACAGGCAAACCUCGAAGCUUGGAUACAAGCCAAACAAUGUGAGGAUCUGACUGCAGUUAAUCCGGCUCAACUGAUUAGUACAAAUAAUGCGCUGCUUACCGGGGCAAAUGAGGGAUCUGACCCCGUGGCAUUGCAAACAAUAUUAAAUAAUCUAAAUAAUUAUGCCUCGCGGUUCGGCAUGUGCUUCACACCUGCAAAGUGUAAAGUGUUACUGCAAGACCGGGUGGACUCGAACCCUAGCCUCAUGCUUGCAGGUGAACCCAUUGAGGUAGUAGCCAAAUUUGUUUACCUGGGCAGCUGCAUCAGUCCCGGUGGUCUCGCGAAAGAUGAUAUUUCCAUCCGGAUUGGGAAGGCCAGAGCAGCUUUUGCGAACCUACGUCACCUGUGGCGUAGGCGUGACAUCAGUUUCUCUGUCAAGGGUCGGGUUUACAAUGCUGCGGUGCGCUCCGUAUUACUAUAUGGAUCAGAAACCUGGCCACUGCGCGCCGAGGACGUCAAAAGACUUUCAGUGUUUGACCAUCGAUGUCUUCGGAGCAUUGCCCGAAUCUGGUGGGAACAUCGGAUGCGCAAUCUCGAAAGUGCAUUCGUGGCAGAUGCUAGCAGUCCAGAACACAAGUUUCAACCCACUAGCGAACAUCCGCUUGGAGAUGCUGUCCAAGUCCAUUAUCCGAGUAUCAUAGAAAUCGACUACACUGAAAAUGGAGAUACGCAGGAGAAUGAUAAAUGUGAAUUAACUUCACAACUCAACGGUAUCGCACCUGAAACCCUAACAAAAAUUAUGCACACUGCAGCCACGGUUGGUGACUCUGCAACCAACGCUCGCGGAAUGAAGCACCCAUCCAAUGGCCUGGUAUCAGAUCUGAAUGGAACCGGAUCACAAAGUACUUCUGAGGGGAAAUAAAAAUCAAUGCUCAACUUUCUCAUUUCGAGUGAAAACAAGGCCAACUAACGACAACCAUGCUGAAUUACCUUCCUGUACGUUGUCAAAUAAUGUGUAGAAAAGCUACUCAAAACGUUCGAUGUUCAAUAAUCAUUUCAAACACUCAAAGGCAAACUUUACGUAGUAACUGAUCACUGUGAG